AUGGAUGUCCUUCCGGCAGUUUCCCCCAUCUCCAGAGGAACUCUAGAACUCGGGCAGGGGCAUUCCCAGGCUGUGCGUGGGGGCUCCAUGGGCAUUGGCAGGGCUGUAUCAAGGCUGCUGGCAGAGAGAGGCUGCAGGGUUGUUGUGGUGUCCAGGAACUAGAUGCUUGCUGCUCAGGCCACUGUGGCGUCCCUCGAUGGAGCUGACCAUGUGGGCUUUUGUUGUGACGUCUCCAAAGGAGAGGAAGUGCAGAAGACGUUUAGGAUUAUCCUGAAGACUUGUGGAAACAUUUCAUACCUGGUCAAUGCAGCUGGCACCAACAGGGAUGGUCUGUUACUGUGGACCAGGCUAGAAGACAUGGUGGCUAUGCUUCAUACCAACCUACUGGGGAGCAGGUUGAGCUGCAAGGCAACGCUAUGGAGCAUGCUCCACACUCAGGGAGGGGCCAUUGUCAACAUAGGCUCUGUGGUGGAGUUGAAGGGGAAUGCAGGUCAGUGUGUGUACAGUGCCAGUAAAGCAGGUCUGGAGGGCUUCACUCGCUCUCUGGCCAAGGAGGUGGCCUCGCCAAACAUCAGGGUUAACUUGCUGGCUCCAGGUUUCAUCGGGACAGACAUGACAGCGGGGCUGGGGGAGUAGGUAUGAACCAUCUGUUUUUAAAGAUCUGCUUUUUAUAAAUAUCUGCUUUUAAUCAGAUUUUUAAUAUUUGCUUUUCGUCUACUCAAGCUCAUGUCUUUUUAACUGAUUUUGGAGUGUACUUUUUAAUUCUAAUUCACCUUGCCUUUGAAUGUGAGGAAAUUAGUGCUGAGCAUAAUUUAAUUUAAUUUUUUUUUUUAUUGUGAGCCCAACGCGCCGUUUCUCUAGAGAGAAAUCAAAUCAUUCGCUAGAGAAAUCAAGAGCAAUGUAGGAGGCCGGGGUGA